GCUUUUAAUUACUGUUCAUUAGAGACAUUCAUUACAGUCAGCAUCUAUCACGCUUUCUCGUGUAAUUACGACAUCAGGUCAAACCGCAAACAUCCGGUCACUGCUACAAUCAAUCCUAUUUAGUUAGGAACGCCAGGAACAAGUGGAAUGGACUCCGCCGCUUCUAUAACGAUCUGUAAUGAUAGCAGCACCACAGUUUAGAUCGGUGACCGGUGUGGGGUGGACAGCCUAGCAUGGCCGUACACCCGUGAUUGACCAAACCUGGCUAUGACAAGGGCCACGUGGAAUGAGAAGUAUCCGGAGCCGGAACCCCGUCCUCCAGCCCUGGAUUUUUCCACUGUGAUCCUUGGGGCGGGGAUUUUCAUUGUGGCGCUAAUCAUUUUGGCGGUUGGACUUAUCAUUGGACUGCAGUUUCCAGACUUCGCCCAAAAUAGAGUCGUUGAAGAACAAUGUGUGACCAGUACGGAGCACGAACUAUUCAAUGAAUGGGUUUCCGAGAGUGAAUGGAACCGUUAUAACAAGCUGUACUAUUGGGUCGUCACCAACCCGUCCGGAGUCCUGUACGGGGGCCAGUUACCAGUGUUGUCACAGCGGGGGCCGUACAUAUAUCGAGAAUAUCGACGAAAGACAGCCAUUUUGUUUUCGAGGUCACGUGUCAGUUUCAGCAAUAACAUCAGUCAGGUGUUUGACAUGGCCGCCACCAGAUCUUCGUGUGGCGACUGUUUGGAUACUGAUACGAUUACGCUUCUGAGCACAAGACAUCUCCAACUUAUUCACAGAGUAAAUGGAAUGGAAAAUUACAUUUACAGCCAAAUACCGGAAGUACUUAACAACACAUUUUGGGCCUCAACAUCAAAGCAAACUGGAUUUAAUACAAACGUUUUUAGGUACUUCGGAUGCCUCAGUAGCUCAUGUGUUAGCAGUUUGUCUGGAAAUGUCACCUAUUUUGAUGAAUUACGUAAUAUAUCCAUUGGAGAGUGGAUACAGAUUAACGACACUGAAUAUAAGUCAGUCAUAUUAAACAGGCGAAUGGGAACGGGGUUCCUUGAUGCGGAAAUGAAUGCAUUGUACCAAAAUAUUUUAAAUUCCAGUCGUUUAGGAGUGUCUGACGCGCAACUUACAGAUGCCCAACUACUGAAUAGAUGUAAUCUUUAUGUCAUAGAUACGCUCUGUAAUUCUUCAACCGGAAGUGGUUAUACUUAUUUUACUAACGAUGAUAUAUUUUUUGAAACUUGUGGGUUAUUGUCGCUUAUGCAAAGUAAAUUGAUAAGUAAUACGUCGUGUUUAUUGCGAAUAUCGGAACUUUUUUUAACAGCUAUGUGCAAAAAUGUCAAUACCACAUGCAAUUUUGAAAACGAUAUUUUAGAAUCGUUUUACUAUUCCUUCCGAGACUUUAUACUACAGACCCUUACUGGGGUCGUUUAUGAAGCACUUUUUGUGAGUGGCGUCCAUGGAAUGCUAGAAACCCGACCCCAGCGGGACAUUGCCCUUGGGUACCGGACGGGGGACGGGGUGGACGUGCCGGGACUCUUGCCGAGUACCGUCGGGAAUAAUAACCCCCAAACCUACGUCAUGUCCACGUGUCAAGGGGAUACAGCCAAUGGCAACAUGGAUGUUGAAACAUUUCGAGACGCCACCUUGGAUCACUUCUGUACUUUACACGGAGACCCGACAUGCGAUAGUACAUCAGGACAUAGCUUAUUUUCUACGCCAGCUGCAUCAUACAGCGCAUGCGUCAAGCCGGAUCCAGUCACCGUGUUUUCCAUGUUUGAGGAAAAUAUACACGGUACUCUUUCUUUUAUAAACCCAGUGGAGACAGAGAUGUUCGGGAUGCGGGUUCAUCGUUUCCACAUCGACACAAGUGCGCACAUGUCCAACCUGUAUCCAUGUCUACUACAUAACGCCACAGCAAUAUUGCAGUACCCUGCCAUCAUCAGCGUACCAAAUGCCAGUCCCUGUUCGUCUGACCCGUUGAGUUCUUCAGACUCCUAUGUGGACAUAGAACCCUUUACAGGAAAAGUAUGGCGGAAAGUCGUCCGACUUCAGACAAAUGCUUUGUUACAAGCAAAUUACCUCAAUGCUCCUGAUGUGCUGCCGUACAAUGUGUCGGUGAGUGAAGGUCCUUUUCCUGUCUACUGGAAGGAGACAGUACUACACAUUACCGAGGCUGCCAGUAAUCAUCACCACGAUAAGGUUACCAAGCUAAUGGACGCCUCGUGUGGUGGACUAAUAAGUCUCAGUAUCAUAUCUGUCAUCGUUGUCAUCAUCAGUGUUUUCAUCGUCAUAAGACCUCGUCGGCUCCUAAGACGAGUUGCUCCACUGCGACAAGAAGUAGUAGCAGAAGAUGACGUUUCACAGUAUGCAAACAAUAAUAAUUGAUCGUGAGACAUGCAUUUAAAGCAUUAUGUUGACGUUGAUGCAAUUUACAUUGUGUGAUUUUGUUUGUAUCUGUUCUAGUGAUGUUUGGUGAGUAAUACAAUCAAAAUGCUGUGAGUUCUUGCAGUUCGGUCUGCAAUUCUGGGAAGAUCAGUUUAUGAUUAAACAUACACUUUCUGCGUAAUUGUAUCAGUUUUCAUCUCCCAACGCAAGUCGGAGAUAUAUUUCAACAAUCCUAUAUAACAUACUGCAUUUGGGUAUACAUGAAAAAACAUAUCAUCAUCACACAUCAUGUAAACCUUGAUGUAAUUGUAUAAGUCCUUACCUGUAAUUCUUGUACAGUGUACUGUUGAAGAGUAUCUAUAUAGGUAUAAGGAAAAUCCCGCUAGAAUUUGUUAACAGAUUUUUAUAUCGGUGUUAUGUGUGUUCUAUAUUUUUGCACGAGUUUACUGAAUCUCUGUGAUAUUUCAUUAUGAUAUGCGUUGUAAGGUUUGCUUUCCCCGUGGCAUAAGUGUCACAAAGAAUACACUGUUUAACUUACUCUUACCUUUGCAUGAGCAAUUUUCAUGCAAAGUACAUAUUCCACCUCCAAUCUUAGUAGUGAUUACAAUUCACAUAAAUGCUAGCAUUUUUGUCCCAGCAUCACCAAAAGUUCGGCGUUUGAAAUCGUAAUAUUUGUUAUUUCUUCUUCUAAAGAAGUACUGAAAGUAUCUUUAUCAACAUUUAUAUGUAUGUUGUACGUGCUCAAUAUUCAGACUGACCGGAGAAACACUAUGGCGGACAGGCGGUCAUUUUUCAUUUUGACAUUUGAAGUAUCGUAACACUAUUUCUCAGGAAGAACUACAACUGUCCUUUCAAUUAAUUUUUGGAUUAAUUUUCCCUUGUUUUUUUAUCCAUUUCUCUACGAGUCUUUCUUUGUAGGUACUUUUCUUUAUAUAUGUAUUAUUUGAUUUUAAGACUGGCCAGAAGAAUAUAUGUGCUGUAUAUUUUGUCAAUACCACGUGUCAAUAGAACAAGCUCAUCAUUAUAAUAAUUAAGUGGAGAGAUAAGAAAAGUUCAGGAAAUUUAAAACAUAUAUAGGAUCAAUAAAGAUCCUACAAUAGUGGGCGCCAAGAUCACGCUGUGAUAUCGUUGUCUGAUCUCUGUGUAUAUGCUGUAUAUAAUAAUGUAUAUUAUGAAUUAUUGGCAGAUAGACAAUAAAUUUUGUAUAAACAGUUA